CUGAAUGGGAUCAUUUGAAUCCCUGUUUAGAAUCUAACUGCAUUCCUUUCCAAAUUGAAGGUUGGGAAGCAGAUUCUGAUAUAGAUGGUUCAUGUCUUUGAAAGUCCACUGUUUAAAAUUACUUCCUUUUGGCCGAAAUCGAAGAUGGCGUCUCAGGAACGAUGCUACCGUCAAAGCUAUUAGAAAAAUGUGAAUGAAUGAAUGCAUUUAUUUUCAAACUUAUCAAUGUAUUAACGAGCUGCUGUGUGGAUUCAUUGAGAGGAGACAUGCUUAAACUAUUAACAUUGUUCCUAAUAUGAUCAUGAGUGCAGGUUUUUCUUUAAUAUUUUGAUAUAUUAAUAUAUCAAUAUAAGAAUGAUAUUAAUAUAAAGAUUGAGCUUUAUAUUUUGUGAAAGCAACAUUUUUGGACAAUAACAUAGAAAUAUUUAAAAUAUGUUGACCUUACAUAAGUUUGAUGUCAAACAAUCUUUUCCUUUGACAUAAAUUCUUACCUGUACCUUUAAUUCCCAGUCCCUGUAUGUGUGUUUUUGUACCUUCUAUGUAUACACAUCCUGCCCGUAACAUGUCCCACAGAUUAUUUGCAUGUUGGAGGUAUGACCUACCUGAAGUUGACAUGUUGCAACAGCUGUGUUGGACACACCGGCUUGUCUGGUGUGAAAUGCCUCACUCUGCCCGAAGCUUCUCGCCACCAUGCCUGUGUUUAAUGAAAACACCGCCUUCAUCAACCUGUGCUGCCAAGAGGGCAGUGAGGGCAGCGCUUCCAACCCUGCCAAAUACAACAACCAGGACUACACACAGCUGAAGAGUUACUACAUGGAAAAGGGGAGGCUGUUUGUGGACAGCUCCUUCCCACCAAACAGCUGCACUCUGGGAGAUAUACCUUACCUUGACAACUGGGAGGAGGACAGUGUGGUGUGGCUUCGUCCAGCUGAAAUAAUGAAAAGACAGAACAACAGUGAUGAGCCCACUUUCUGUACAGACGGGACCUCACGCUUUGACUUCGGUCAAGGAGGCAUAAGUAAUUGCUGGUUUCUGGCUGCGCUCUCCUCUCUGACCUUUAGUAGAGACCUGAUGGUGCAAGUUGUGCCUAUGGACCAGUCCUUUGUGGACUAUGCAGGGAUCUUUCACUUCAGGUUCUGGAGGUUUGGCAAGUGGGUGGAUGUCGUCAUCGAUGACUUCCUGCCAACGAUGGAGAACCAGUUGCUCUCUGUGUUCAGCAAAGGACGAAAUGAGUUCUGGGUUCCUCUGCUGGAAAAAGCAUAUGCAAAGUUGUGUGGUUCAUUUGCUGAUAUGAACUUUGGGAUACCGGCAGACGCCUGCAAGGACUUCACUGGAGGAGUGAGCAUGAGUUAUCAACUCAAACAGGUCCACUCUGAAGGCCAUGAUGAGGAGCUUUGGCUCACACUGACCAGAGCCACCAAAUGCUUGUCGAUGAUUUGCUGUGGGACCGCUCCAAAGAGGGGUAGUAACGAGAACACUGUAAGCUCCAAUGGACUGGUGGCUGCACACUCUUACUCUGUCACAGCUGUCACUGAGGUUGAGUGUCUUGGCUCCAAAGUGAGACUGGUUCGACUCUUGAACCCCUGGGGUGAACAGGAGUGGAACGGAGAGUGGAACGACACGUCAGACAUGUGGAACAGCGUGAGUCCCGACGAUCAACAAAAGCGUCUGAAGCACGAUAAUGGAGAAUUCUGGAUGAAGUUGGAGGACUUCUGUGACAAUUUCGCCAUGGUGUGGAUGUCUUGUGAGAACCCCAACUUCACCGAUGGUGAUCUUACCUGCCAGUGGAAAUGUAUGAUCUAUCAAGGCAGCUGGGUGUCAGGGGAGUCUGCAGGCGGCGACAAGAGUGGAGUGAUGUUCGAGACAAAUCCUCAGUAUCGCAUCCAGGUGGCGACCAAUGACGAGAAGCAGCCAGGAGACAAAAACUUGAUGGUUUCACUGAUGCAGAAACCUCAAGUGAACCGCAGCAGAAGUCGGUUCUACCCGAUUGCAUUCACCAUCGUGAAGAUCCCACCUGGGACACCAGAGGGAAGACUGGAACUCCCCUUCUUUUACAUGAACAGCUGUGUGAGGGAAUCAGAUUAUUUCAUCUAUGAGAGAGAACUGGUUGAGCUGCUCAGUGUGGAGUCUGGAGAGUAUGCGAUCAUCCCCCACACCCGGAAUGCCUACAUGGAUGCAGAAUUUGUUCUCACCGUCUAUACCAAAUAUUAGGUUAAGAUCAGGUACUGAUCAGACAUACUGUCCCAUUGGUCACACAGGGAGACUUAUUCCAAAUCAAUGAUGUCUGGUUUUUUUACUAAACUGUAUUGCUGUGAUUAAAGCCUUUGUCUUUGGGAA